CGCCGAGUGGUUGGCGAGCGCAGGCGUUUCCUUCCGGUGGGUAGGGCCCCGGAGGCGGGAACUUGGGGAGGUGUUUGGCCGCGAUUACCGGGUUGGGCGGGCCCUGUCUGGGGAGGGGUAUGUGAGAGAGCCCUGGGACCCAGGCCAACUGAGGAUAUGGAUGAGGACGGGCUUCCUCUCAUGGGGUCGGGCAUAGACCUGACCAAGGUGCCAGCUAUUCAGCAGAAAAGAACGGUGGCAUUUCUAAACCAGUUUGUGGUGCACACAGUACAGUUCCUCAACCACUUUUCUACAAUUUGUGAGGAGAAACUGGCAGACCUUUCUCUUCGUAUACAACAAAUUGAAACAACUCUAAAUAUUUUAGAUGCAAAGUUGUCAUCUAUUCCGGGACUAGAUGAUGUCACAUUUGAAGUAUCUCCUGUAAGUGUCACAAAUGGACCGCAAUCUGAAGCCGCUUCAGAGCAAUCACAGCAGAACAGUAUACAAGACUCUGGACCACAGGAAAGUGAAGUAGCAGCAGAAAAUAUCUUAACUGUAGCCAAGGAUCCAAGAUAUGCCAGAUAUCUCAAAAUGGUUCAAGUGGGUGUUCCACUGUUGGCAAUAAGAAACAAAAUGAUAUCUGAAGGACUAGACCCGGAUCUUCUUGAGCGACCAGAUGCUCCAGUGCCUAAUGGUGAAGGUGAAAAAAAUACAGAAGAAAGUUCAGAUAGUGAAUCUUCUUUUAGUGACUAAGCUUAAUUUUGAUAAGAAUUUCAUAUACAUGUGUAGGUAUACAUUUACAUUCUAUAAGAAAGAGAACCUAAACUUGAACUCUUAGUCAUAAAAACAUCAAAUGACCGCAUACCCACCACCACUUUUUCUCUACUUUAAAAAUAAAACAUUUAUAACCUGGCAGUAUGUCUUAUUACCCAAAUAAAGAGCCCUAAACUGAAAAAUAACCUGAAUAAAGUACUAUUGUUACAAAUACUAAGGUGGAAUAUUUCAGGGAUGCAAUGAGCAUUAAAAUGAAGUCAAUUUACUUUGAGUUUAGUGAUCGAAAAAUAAACUUUUGAUCACUCCGUCUAAAGUAAAAUUUGGCUAAGUGAGUCAUUCAAUUUUUUUGUGAAUAUUUUAGCAUGAAAAGUAUGUAUAUUCAUAUCAUAAGACUUGUUAAAGAAAUUUCUGGCAGAGAGUAGGAUUCAAUUGAAAUUUUCUAUGAAAACUUGAAGGUUUAUAUUGUGGAUAUGGAAUUUAUUGCUAGUAUUUAUUAGCAUAUAGAGCUUUUUACCACUUGGCCAUUAGUUCAUAUAGAUAUAUUAUCAAAGUCAAAUAGUCUUAUUAUAUUUAUUAUCAGGUAGAAAUUGAACUGAAGGUAGUUUCAGUAUGGGUCAGAGUGGGCAAGCAAUCAUUGUCAUCAACUAGCAACUAUUGUAUUGUCUAAACAGAAAAAAAAUAUUUAAUGUGCACAGGUUUAAAAUGUUCUUCUCACCUCAUCUUGCAAAUAAUACUUCAUAAAUAAUUAUUUGCACAUAGUUAGAAAAUCAUUAAAAUGCUUAUGUGGAAAGAUGUUUUCUUAGUUUUAUAGGACUUCCAUAAUAAAAUACCACAAAGUGGGUGGCUUGAAAGAACAAAAAUUUAUUGUUUCUCAGCUUUGGAGGCUAGUUCGAAUUCACGGUAUCCAUAGGGUUAUGCUCUGUCUCCCUGUCAGCUCAAGAGGAACAUCCUUCUUUGUCUCAGCUUCUGGUAGCCCCAAGCCUUUCUUGCUGUUCCUUGGCUUGUAGAUGUGGUGCUUUCCCUUGUGUAUGUCUGUGUUCCUGUGUCUGUUCUCCACUUUUAUAAGACACCACUCAAAAGGAAUUAGGAUUAGGACCCACCCUAUUCCAUUAUGUCCUCAUUUAAUUUACCUGAUAACAAAAGAAAAACCCUAUUUCAAAACAAGGUCACAUUCACAGGUACUUUGGGUUAGGACAUCAACAUAUCUUUUUAGGAGGACACAGUUCAAUCCAUUACAGAUAUAUAAAUGCAUUUGAUUGAUGAUACUCAUCUUAGUUUAGAUCACCUAAAAGUAGAGCCUCAGGAAAGGACUGGGUGUCCGUAGGUGGUUUGUGAGGUGAUCCAGGAAGCAGGAGUGAGAGAAGGGGGAGAGUGAGAGAGAGAAACCAAUAUAAAGGUGUAUUAUGAAGCUUGUCUUCGUGGGCUUAAGUGCACCAAGACCUGAGAAGCUUACAGAAUGCCUCCCAGAAUUGUUUACCUCCCUAAUGGACAGAGAUGGAAUCAUUUUUUAAUUGGUUUCCAUCCCCCAUUACCCCCAUUAUUUUUACACAAAUAAUGCGCACCUUCUACGUUUGCUUGCCAGCCACGCCACGCCCCCCACCAUGUAUUUUUGCAAGCACUGUAUGCUAAUUUUUUAGCAACAUGUUAAAAAAAAAAAAAAA